GUCUUAAGUACAAGGGGCAACUCUGGACUGUUGGAUUGGCUAGUGUCCUAGUCCUGUGCUGUCAGCCACGGCAGAGCUUAGUGGAGGGAGAAUCAACCUCAAGGGGGUACUUGCCUGGAGGCAGAGUCCAAGGUCCAGUCCAAGGUCCAGAGUAUCUCAGUUCACGUAGUCAGACAAUCCAAGGGUCAAGAAAGCCAAGCGUCCAAGCCGAAGUCACGAGAAGUAAGAAGCAAGGUCCAGCCAGGAACAACGAAUGUUGUUUCCAGCAACUGAGGCUGGAAACUCUGCUUACAAAAGCUGGAGCUUUCUGCUGCUGCUCAGCAGGUGAAGAAGAUUCCUGGUCCUGGACCCCUGCCUCCCGCUGCCCCCUCCUUAGCUCGCUCACUGACACUAUCCCUCGCACUGAGACCUGAUAUGGCCAAACCAAGCCGUGAAAUGUGGCAAAUGAACAAACAAUGCAUGUAUGACAUUUUAUUGAAGGGGGGGGGGGCAAAUAUAAAUGUGAAAUAUAAAUACAAUGCAAGAAAGGGUAUGUGUUGGUGUAUUUUAGUUGGUAUGUGGCCUAUAAUAUCAAACCUUUUCCCAAACUUGAUCUGGAAUGAAAGAAGACAGCAAUACUGUAUUAGUGUCUUCCCUAAUACAGUGUUUUGGCUUCAAAACCUAAUGAGUGAUUAUGUCACCUAGUAGAAAAUUUAAAAAUGUUUGGAUAACAAAGACUCUUCAACAUUAGUAUUGUCAGCGUCCAAAAUAUAUCAAAAAGUGUUCCUAGUAUACUUGAAAUACAUCAGAAAGGACUCUCAGCAAGUCUUUCUGAUUUCAAAAUCAGAAGCAGUUUUUUUUUAAAAAAGUAUUUUAUUUGUAUAGUUAUUUACAGAACUUUCUUUCAAAGGAUGAAUGCCCCGAUUUAAUUUUUUUAGACUUUUAAAUUCAAAUUAUAAUCCGCAAACUGCAAUCCUGUGACCCCAGAAAUAUAUCCCAAGAGUCUGAGGAAACAUCAGAGCUCCUUGUCCAUCGAUGAUGGAGAAAUAAAAUGUCAGAUCCCCCACACAACAGUUAUGGAGACAUCUAACAGCUUUUGAAGCUCCAACAUUGGUAAGGGCCCCAAGCUGCUGUGAAUCUCUCCCCCAGUUUCCCCUAAAGUUUUUCCCAGUGGGAGGAAAAUAGUUAUUUAUAAAAACAUCCGUUAAAAGGACAGGAGUGCAAGAUCACUUAUCCACCCUCAUUUAUUUCCUGCCAGGAAGAGCAGAGUUGGAGAAGGCAGUUCAACCACCUUCUGUACCACCCCGUAGGACUGAAGUCUAAAAAUACCUAUGUGGGAUGAGCCACAGGCUGCCACAGUAGAGACGCCUGGAUCCUCACUGGCAGCUGUGCCGGCAGAGCUCUACAGAGCCCAGCACAGUGACUAGAUGAGGCUUCCUCAACCUUGGCCCUCCAGAUGUUUUGAGACUACAAUUCCCAUCAUCCCUGACCACUGGUCCUGCUAGCUCGGGAUCAUGGGAGUUGUAGGCCAAAAACAUCUGGAGGGCAAAGGUUGAGGAAGCCUGGACUAGAUCCACAGUACUGGAGGUGGUUACACUUGCUUGGUUUAUAGUCCUAUUGGGUUUGACUAAAUUACUUCAGGUCCACUUUCUCCAGUUUAUCUCAUUUGCAAGUUGGGUUUAUGUUUAACAAAUAUUUGACCAAAGCAGCUAUAUAAAUGUGCUAGCCGCAGCUCAAUAAAAUGGAGGAUUGUUUUUUUAAAAAAUAACCUAAUUUUCAGCACCAUACCUGAAAGCUUUUCUUCCAUGUUCAUACUUGUGAAACUUUAUCUACAAACUUCAAAAUGAAGUGAAGUAUUAAAAGGAGCCUGGCAUAAUUCAUUAAAUAGAUAAAUGAAGUUAAUCAAAGUAAUUAUUUUCCUAUUAAAUGAAAUGAUUUAAAUUAAGUAAACAUUUUCAUUUUGUAACUUGCCAGUCUUUAUAGAAUCCUUUACCCACUGCUCAGACAAAAUUUUAAACUUCCUUUUGAACGUUCUUCUCAGUGUCUUUAUCUCCUUCAAAUGAGCAUGAUCUCCACUGAUUACAUGGGACACACCCUCUUCAAGCUGCUGAACCACUUUUGCUCCAUGAAAUCGAAGUAUCAGCGCAGUUGAUAGUUUUGUUUGUUUAAUCCUAGCACCUGAAUUACUCAAUUCAUCAGAAGGAUCCACGUAAAUCGUGUGCUGCCUGAACAUACUUAGUGGAGAGCUUUCCCAUGAAUAACGUGCUUCUAUGUCAGCAAUUGCAUCCUGAGAGAUCUCUGCCUGAAAGUUAUUCAUUCUUGAGAACACCUUCUUUAGUUUGGCAAUAUCAGUAUCACCUGUGUAACUAUCACCAUAGCAGUCAUAUUCACAGGCAAAAUGUUGUUUUGUUUCUGGAGACAUGUGAAUCAUGAAAUCAAGCUGCCAGGGUACAAAUGUUUUGGAUUGAAAGCACUGUAAAAGCCACUCCGCUCUCACAACAUCAUACUUGUCAGAAGAAAUAAUAUUUUUCACUCUGACAUUCUCAAUUCCUGCAAUCACACAAUAGGUGUCCAAACCAGGAUUCUGGACUAUGCUGCCACCAUAUUCCGCUAUUUUACUUUCCAGCUGAUAUUUUGAAUAUUUUUGUGUCCCUGUCAUAACACAAAACUCAACAUCUUCAAAUAUACUGGAAAUCUGGUUUACAUUUGAAAGAUCAGGAGCUUUAAAAUGAUCUAUUAAACCAAUUUUUUUUUUAAUCUUGGGCACAGUUUUACGUUUCUUUCCUUGUGGCUCAUCAUUAUCUAUAUCAAAGUGCUUAGUCGCUAGCUUUCCACAAGCUUUACCUCUGAGUUGCUCUAGAAUGUCAAGAGUCAUACAAUCAUGCCAUUCUUUAUCUUCUCUUAUCCUCUCAAUACGAGGGAAACGUAAUGUAUAAUCAGUUUUGUACAUAUCACUGCUCACAAUCUCCGCUGCUUUAAUCUGGACGAUGACUGAAUUACAAGGCUCAAUAUAGACUUCAGGCUUCUCAGUUCCACACAAGAUAUUUAAAGGAGGAUCUUUUUUACGAUAAGGUUUCCAAUAUUUGGCUAAUUUCAAGCCAAGAUCAUAAAGUUCUUUCAUAGUGUAACCAGAACCAACACGACAAAUGGAGUGGAACACUGAUGGUUUUUCACCAGGCGGAGGAGUCUCAGCAACUGCACAUAAAAAAUGUGACAUCAUGCCACCACGAAGACCUUUUCCCCAGUAGCCCCCAACAAUUAAAAGGUCUAGUUCAUCCAUUAGUUCACUAACAUACUCUGGUUUGAUCUUGAACCAUCCUUCCCCACGUUUGUCCGGCUUGUAAAUUGACAUGGGAUCUUUUAUCACAAUUCCUUCUUCUCUGUUAUCUAUUGCUUCAUUUAGAGAAUCUAUUACUUCUUUCUGAGUGUUAGCUUGAUUUUUAGGAACAAACUGCAAACGACCUUCUAUUGGUGUAAACAUCUCAUUCAGUUUCUCAUAUCUUUUGCUCAACAUCUCAUGACCCAAUUUUUGAUUAUUAACCAUUAGAACAUCAAACACACAGAAGCAUGUCUGUAAUUCUGAAUCAUCUGUUAUCUUUUUUAUGUCAAAUUUGCUACCCUUCUGUACAAAGUUCUGUGUGGUGGGAUUGUAGGCCAUCAUUUCACCAUCCAGAAUGCAGUUCUGAAUAUUAUUGUUGAAGAUAUUAUGAAUAAAUGGAGUCAAUGAACCUUCCAAGGGAGAAGCUCCAAACUGCUGAGUAUAAUCAUACCCAUUUCGGGAAAAAUACUUGUAAACAUCUCCAUCUUUGUGCAUCUGCAUUCGCUCACCAUCUAAUUUGGUUUCUAUGUAAAAACUCUGGUUGUUCAUUUGUUUUUCAAUUUUUUGUAUAUCAGCAAUAGCAGCAAGCAUCGGUUUAAAGGCAGAAAAUAAUGUAAUAGAAACAUCACUAAGAAAUACAGAAGGAUUGUGUAACUGUCUACAGACUUUCUCCAAAUCAGUUGUAACAUUGUGCAACUCUGAAGCAUCAGGAUGAAAGAUGGAAAGUAAGGUUUGCUGGCUGACACCAAGUUUCAAAUCUUUUAUGAUCAUCCUGAUCAACCAUUUCUGUUCAAGUGCUGAACUCUGAGUUAUUAACUGAAGAAGGCUCUUCUUGACCAGAUCCCUCCUUUUGGCAGCAUUAUUAUUAGAAAUGGAAUCUAAAAUAUCGUUCACUUGUUUUAUGGUCAGUUGACCUUUCCUGGGACACCUUUGUUUCAACACAAAAUAGGCAAUCAUAGCAAAGUCUCCAGCAUCUCCCCGUGAGCCAGUAGGUGUUCGAUAAUUUAAGAGUUUUAAAGCAUCUUUUCCAUCUUUGGGUAAAUUUAACAGCUCAAUAUACAGCUUAGCAAGCAUGGUUUCUUUAAUUCCAUAAGCCAUCCUUUCUCUUUCCAACUGUGGAAGAAUAAGCCUCAUUGCUGGAUAAAAAGAAUCUGUUACAUCUUUUUCAUUUUUAUGAAGAGCAUCAUGAUAUUUCCUCCAGGAAUCUAAAAACUCCUUGAAAUUCUUGGUUUUCUCAGGUCGGGAUUUGCAUUUUUGUAUUCGUUCUAAUGUUGAACAGAGAUCUUCAAAAGGAACUUGUGAUGCCACAGUUAGUUGGGAAGGAGAACAGGAAGUAGAGAUGGAAGACAUCUUGAGUAUUUCACUACAAAAAGAAAGAAAAUAGCAAGCUUGUUUUCAAAUAGUACAGCUCCCACCUUAUUCCUGCUUUUCCUUGAAUUAGCCACAUAGCUCUACAUUUAAAAUGAAUCUCAGUUUCAUUACACAACGUUAGAUCCAGUUACGGAUGACUCUGGGGCUGCGCGCUCAUCUCGCUCUUUAGUUUAGAAAAAUGGUAAGAUGAUACAUGCAUCAUUUUAUUAGUAUGCCAUCUAUGCAUGAUGUGGUGAUAGCUGUGGAGGGAUUUAGGAAGUUUUUCUCUUCUCAUAACUCAGGACCACCUGUGAAGCUGAAUGUUGAAAAGAAAGGCAAAAAAGUACUUUUUCACACAGUGCACAACUAAACUAUGGAAUUCAUUCCUGCAAGACAUAGCGCUGACCACCAAAUCUGAUGGCUUUAAAAGAGCAUUAGAUAAAUUCAUGGAGCCACAGUGGGAAUGUUCUACCCCCCACAGUAAGAUGCAAUUUGCCUCUUAAUGCUAGCUGCUGUGAAUCGCAAGUGAGGAGAGAGAGGGCUGUUGUUCUCAUCUCCUGUGUGGGCAUUUCUUCUAGAGAGAAGAGAUGCUGGACUUGAGGGGUCAGUGGUCUGGUCUAGCUAGAUGACUGCAAUGGAGUGACCGAAAGAGGAGAGAACAUGAGACACACGAGAGAAAGAAGUAUCUCACCGUCUGGAUAGGUCGUAUUUCCAGGUUCAUACUGGAGAACAACGUUGAAAUCUCUGUAGUUUUAACAUGUGGGAGGAGCACGACGUCGCAGACGCCGAUCCAGAAACCACAUGCUGACGUAGCUGCCACUGCCCGCAGGUGUGUCCAGGCCACUUCGGGGUCCCUGCGGCGAAGGCGACCCAGCAAGAGCAGCCCGGGGGCUUCUCCUCCCACGUCCAAGCCUUGGCCUGAGGCGCCGGAGGGUCUGCCGACACGCAGAGGGGAGAGACCCCGCGGAGCCGCGGCCGGCCUGCUGGGCCCAGGGCUCUGGCUCCCUCCCUCCUCGCCCACCUCCGCCGCUCGCCCAGAGACCAAAGCGCAGCCUGACAGGAAGAGCGCCGAAGGCCUUUCUGCUCUGCGCACGCGCGAAACCUCGCCUGUUCUCGCGGAGUUUCCUUCUUCCUUCCUCCACCACCAGGCGCUUCCCUGAUAGGCUGCGUCGCGGCGCUCGUUGGAAACCUUUGCCCUUCGAACUCUGACCCGGAAGCGUUGCCGUCCGUGCCGGUUUCCCGGAAGUGGUGAGUGGGCGAGGAGAUUCCCGGCCGGGGGGCGGGGAGGACGACGGAGGAGGCGGGAGCGGGGCGCGGGCAUGUCCCGCCCGGGACCGCGAUGAGGUGGGCGCCUCGGGGCUCCAUCCGCCCCAGCGGAGCAGCGGAGGCUCGGGGAGGGGCGGCCGGGGAGCCGCGGGACUCUCUUCUCUGCCCUGCGCUCCUCGCGGAGGACGGCCUCGUCCCCCGCCUGCCCUGCGCCAGCGCCCGGGAGCUCUCGCCUUCCGCCUCGCAGCAGGUGGCGAAGCGCGGCUUGCCUGGCGCUUCCUGGGCCGGGCGGCGGCGGCGGCGGCUCUCGGUGCUGCAGGAAGGCCCUUUCUCCCGGCUGACCCCUGCCUCGGCCCCCUCCUGCCCAGAACCCACAUCCCGCGUCCUUGUCUCGCCCAGGCGGCUGCCGCGCCUCGCACCGAACGCCCGCGCCCUUCGAGGGCAGCGCAGCCCGGCGCCGUCGGUUCUGACCGGUUGCCGCUCUCUCUCUGGCCUCGCUGCGUGAAGAUCUGCCGGCAGCCUCAUUACUUAGCUCUAAAUGACAUUCUUUGGAAUGUAGCCCUGCUGAGUUUGUAUAGUAUCUGAAAUAAGUGUGCUUCCUAGUUCCAGUUUAUUUCACUGGGAUUUGCUUCGAUGUGAGUAUGUUCACGGUGGUAGAAUGGCUUUGUGCAUGUUUACCUGGAAGUCCUGAUUUUUCCAAGUAAUAAUGCAUGUAGCCUCCACUCUAUUAGAAGGCAAAAGUUUGGCUUGAUGGUGUCAUUCCAGAAGCUUUGGUGAUAGCCACAGUAGAAAUCCAGGAACGCUGUCUGGGUAAUAUAUUGUUUAAAAUAUUAUUUAAUAGCCUAAAAACUUGCUUGUGAAAAAUCACAUCAUUCUGGGAGCAUCACUCUGGGAUGCAUAGUUGAGUUUGUGAGUUCUCUUUUGUAUAUGAACACUGCAGCCUGUAAUGCCCUAUUAAAAAAGCAACUCUUAACUGGAAAUUAAUAAGAAUGAUGUCUGAUACAAGAUGUUUUCCGAAGCUGCAAUUACUUAUUUGAUAAAUUUAACAGUUAUUAAUGUAGCCUCAUUCCUGUUUUUCAAAAUUAACAAUUAUGAUAGUGAGGCAAUACUGGCUAAUACACUUCCUUUUGUAACCUGGCACACCAUCGGUACUAAUUUAAGUGCUGUAUGUCCUGUUUCUGGAUAUGAAGGCCUAACAAUACAGUAUUCACUUGAAAUGGAGCAAUUACAGCUACAGCAUAUGCAGUAUUCCAAAUUGGCUGAAUCGUAUAUUUUGUGUGUGUGUGGCUAUGGACCUAAAGGACUAUGGAACUUCCCAUGAGUGGUGGUGCAGGUGCAGGUGACUGCAAGCUUUUAAGUAAGCAUUAGUCUAUUUCAGAUGGCUUUUACCUAACAUAUGCUGUAAUCCUAUUUGCUUCAACCAGGUAGCUUAGCAGGUUUUAAGUGGUGGUUUUGCUGGUUUGAUGAGUUGUUUUAUUAUUAUAGGUUUAAAUUUUCUGGUAUUGUAUAUUCUGCUGCCACCACUACUAUUAACUCAAAUCAAUGUCGCUCCUGGCCUUUUGAGCAUCAAAGUGUCUUUGAUGCUACACUGUUCAAAAUGGGGUGACCAACUGUGGUCAUGGAUGGGAUGGAAGGGGGUGACUAGAAGAGCAUGAGGGAGAUGCAAGCAGGGGCCCCCUAGAAGCAGGGAGUUUGAGUGAUCAAGAGAGGUCAGGAGAAGGAGGGCCUUCCAGGACAGGCUUAGAGACUGAGAGUCACAGUGUGAGUGCCAACUUAAGAGGAGUCGGAGGUUGGCCCUGCUACACAGCAGCAAAACAGUCUCAGUCCUUCUGGCUUGCCUCCCCCUCUGCCACCCCACUCAAAAAGAGUCCUGCACAUUGCUGAGCAACGGGCCAGGCAGGCCCAGAGGAGGAGUUUGCCCCCUCAAUGCAGACUUCGUCCUCUUGGGAGAGAUUCAGAGUGAAAGGCUAGAGGUGGGAAGCUCGGAGCUAGUGGGCAGUUUCAGCAAUGUUUUAGCUGGAUUAAGAUGAACCAGAGGAAUCUGCUGUGUUAUUUUCUGUUAAUAAGGAGCUAAUUGCAUUCCGUGCCUUUCAUGUAUGUGCCUGCCCUGUGGUUGGCCUGGAUUGUUGAUAGCUCCUUGACAGUUGUUCACAAAUUUAUAAAGAUACAGGUUUGGGAAACUACCCCCUCUAAAUGACAUAUUUUGCACACAAAAUUUAUUUCAUCUUCAGCUGAAUCCCCUAUCUUGUCUUUAAUUGCUUUACAAAGAUCCAUAAAAUCUAACAACAUCGUUUUAGGUAGUCCUAUAUUUUUAUUUUAUUGGUCCUCAGUUACCAGGCACCUGUGUUACUUUAUCCUAUUAUUCUGAAUGGCUUUAGUUUGAAGCAUUUAGGCAUUUUGUGUAUUGUCUAUAUCAGUGACCACUGGUCCUGUUAGCUAGGGAUUAUGGGAGUUGUAAUCCAAAAACAGCUGGAGGGCCAAGUUUGGCCACCACUGGUCUAUAUGAUGCUAGCUGGGAUCCAGAGCCUCAUUAUGUGAAGGCACAUCUGUUUCCAACAGUUUCUCUUGAUUCCCUAAUCCUGCUCUGCACUCCCAGACAUACUGUACUGUUUGUGAGGGUAGUAGCUGCUGUGGGGGGCAUAGCGACUGGUAGGGGUGUUUGAAAGAUGCUAAUCAAAUUGUACUUAGUGAUUGUAUUUAGAAAAGUGUCGUUUAAGCAGCUCCAGAAUUUUUUCUGCUUUUGCUAUUGAGCUUUGGAGUUAUUUCUUGUAGAAGGUCAUCUCCCCACUUUAUUACACAUUAUGCUCUCUGAAGAAAUACUAAUGGCAUUGAUUACACACAAUGUAAUUCUAGAUCUAGAUUUCCUUGCCCCAACUGUAUUUCAAUUUAUUUUGAAAGCCCACGCGUCUUUUUAUUUAUUUAAAUUAUUUAUUUAAAUUUAUUUUGGAGCCCACGCGUCUUUUGCACUACAUAAAGUAUAGGUAUGAAUUACCUUAUACAUUUGUUGUCCCUUUUAAAAGUUGUUUUUAAAGAAGCUUAUUUAUUUUCUUUUUUCAGGCUUCAUAUGGACUAAAGAUUCAUUGACUACUAUAAUGGAAAAAUCAUGGAUGCUUUGGACUUUCAUUGAAAAGUGGCUCCUUGCAUUGGUCUCGUGGUCCUGGGGCCUCUGCCGUAUCUCUCUCUUACCUUUGAUAGUAACUUUUCAUUUGUAUGGAGGCAUGAUAUUACCUCUGUUAAUAUUUGUAUCUAUUGCAGGUAUAUUAUAUAAAUUCCAGGAUGUGUUGCUUUAUUUCCCAGAGCAACCUGCUUCAUCACGACUCUAUGUCCCCAUGCCUACUGGCAUCCCACAUGAAAAUAUCUUCAUCAAAACCAAAGAUGGUGUGUUGCUCAAUCUGAUUCUUCUCAGAAACACAGGAGACAAUUCCUCUUAUUCACCUACUAUCAUUUACUUUCAUGGAAAUGCAGGAAACAUUGGUCACAGACUACCCAAUGCUUUGCUGAUGCUGGUAAACCUGAAAGUAAACUUAUUGCUGGUUGACUAUAGAGGCUAUGGAAAAAGUGAAGGAGAAGCAAGCGAGGAUGGCAUCUAUUUAGAUUCUGAGGCUGUGCUAGACUAUGUGAUGACUAGAUCUGAUCUUGACAAGACAAAAUUUUUUCUCUUUGGACGUUCUUUGGGGGGAGCAGUUGCUAUUCGCCUAGCAUCUGAGAAUUCCCAUAGGAUUUCUGCCAUCAUCGUGGAGAACACAUUCCUUAGUAUCCCGCAUAUGGCCAGCACUCUGUUUUCUUUCUUUCCGAUGAGGUACCUUCCCUUGUGGUGCUAUAAAAACAAGUUCCUCUCCUAUCGAAAAAUAUCUCAGUGCAGAAUGCCUUCACUCUUCAUCUCUGGGCUUGCUGACCAGCUGAUUCCUCCCGUUAUGAUGAAGCAGCUUUAUGAGCUUUCCCCUGCUCGGACUAAGAGAUUGGCAAUAUUUCCAGAUGGAACUCAUAAUGACACUUGGCAGUGCCAGGGCUACUUCACAGCCCUUGAACAAUUCAUCAAAGAAGUUGCAAAGAGUUAUUCCCCUGAAGAAAUGGCAAAAAUGUCAUCUAACGUAACAAUAAUAUAACUAACUCCAGUCUUUCUGUCUGAUACAACUGCAUUGUACCUGGAUUUGUAGAAAGUGAUAAAGAAUGACAAUUUUUAAAGUGUGUACUCUGUCUUGUACUUAUCUAAAGAGCAAAAUUAAACAUGGAGAGAUCUAAUAAAUUAUGAGCCAGAUAGUUUUUACACUUAGCGUUAUAAAUAAGUGAUGUUUUUGAUAAAAUUAAUCUUAAUUUCCAUUUCUUAGAUUAAGACACAUUAAUAAACUUAUUGGUAAAAAUUAAGUUAACCCUUGGGGAGAUCUGAUGUGGUGCAAGAGGAAUCCACUUGUGCAAUGGGACUUCUUUCCUUUGUAGCGCCCCCCCCCCCCCCAAAUUUUGCUCCAGAGGAUUAUAGGAUGCUUCAUAGGGCAGGGUGGGAUGGGGCAGGGAGAAGAGAAACCGGAAGUUCUGUUGUACAAGAAGAUUUCUGUUGUGCAGGCAGACAGACAUCAUUGGAUGUUGCCCACUGGUUUUAAGAGAAGAACAGAGCUGUUGCAUGCAGUGUAUGUUUUGGCUGCAUAGGUAACCAUGAUUAGCGGCACACACUAUAGCUAGAGCUUUGGGAUGCAUGAUAAACCCCUGAAUUCUUUUGUUAUGCAUCUCAGAUUGUGUAGUGUGCUUAAUAUUAUAAGUAGCACUAAUGGCCCCGUGGGCUCCUUUGGGAGGAAAGGCAGGGUAGGAAUUUAAAAAAUUAUGGAAAUACACUCUAUUCAGUAUGACAUGGCUGCAUUCAUUGCUUAUUACAUCCACAUGCAGGAUGAAUGGAGAAAAGAUGCAUUUAAAGUUAAUGAUAUAUUAGUGUUGAUAUUCUCAUCCAGUCAUGAAGACGGGCUGACUAGUGUUCAUGUUGCUAUGUUUGCUAUCCUUAUACUGAAAGGUUUACUGCCCUUAGCGCUUGUGCAUUUUGCCUCUUGUGCUUGUUCCCCUAGAAGCCAUGAGUGCUAAAUGCAUCAAACCUAAAGUCAGGUUGGAAUAUUGCUUUCUACUUAAACAAGAAUAUGGCAAUUGGGAGAAGCUGGACUACAGGGAAAGGGUUUUUUAAAAAUCUACUGUCUAACAUUUACUUCUGCUUUUCAUAUCAAACUCCUCUUUAACUAUUUUAAAACGUUUAAUUAAAAAGUUUUCUUGUAGGAGAAUUGGUUUUCUUUCAUUGCAGCAUGGUUGUCAUUUUCUAAACAUUGUUGACAGAUGUCAUGUAACAUGAAUAAAACUGAAAAUAUUUUGGUUAUUAAAGGCCAGAAUCAUAGGUGUACUUCUCAGGAAAUAAGUCCCACCAAACAACAGGACUUCCUCAUGAAAAUAUACUUGGGAUUGAGCUAUUAAGAGGGCCAGACUAAGUGAUGAAGACGGUAUUAAAUAAUGAGUUUGAUAUUGAGUAUACUUUACAAAAUCAAAUUACUUAUUCUAUUAGGAUAUCUAGUAUGUGUGUGUGUUGUUUUAUUUUUACUUUAUAAACAAUUCAUUUAUUGCAAAAAACUUAUUUUUUAUUUUCCGAGAAAGAGAAAAAACAGUUUACCCAUUUAGAGUGCUCCAGAAUCUUACAGAAUGCAAUUUUAACCACUCAUUUUUUAAGAUGUAGUAAAAUCAAACAGUCAGUUUUGAAACUGGUUGUGCUUGUUUGAAAAGCGCAUAAAUCAAGGUAUUAUGCAUAUGCUUGUGCAGGAAGUGGAAAACUAAUGGGUAAUACUUAAUUGUUAGUCAUACUCAGAGUAGACACACUGAUAUCAGUGGACUGAAAUUACUUAAAUCCAUUGAUUUCAGUGAGUCUGCUGAGUAUGACUAACAUUGGACAUUGCCCCUUAGAACCAAUAUUGAGUAUUUAUUUGAGGACAUUUUCUUUCUGUUUUUUCCUCUAUCUUCUCUGACAUAAUUGUUUCCUGUUUAGUCUUCUUCCAACAUCUCAUUCAUCAUCCUAUUAACAUUUAUUACAUGACACAGAAACUGCAAAUAAACUCUUAAAUAAUUUGAUAUAUUUCAGCAACUACAGGAUUUGUACUUUGCCAUUCUUUUUUGUGGUAUGCUAUUUUAGCUUCAUCAGUUUUGGAAACAUGCCUCUAUUAGUGUUCACAGAAAGUAAAUUAAUCCUUACACAAAACUUUCAGCGUUAGCAUGCAAUAGCACACUGUAGGAUGUAGAUCAUACCAUCCACAGUUGUAGAAAGUGUGAAGUUAAAACAGUGCAGGAAUGCUGCAAUGACACCCUAGACGACAAUGAUCAGUAUAUUAUUGGCCUGAGUAUUGCUUUGGAAGAGAAUCUUACAGUAAUUAUUAAUCUUAUAGCAUUUGUUGUAGAUAUAUCCCUUUCCCCUCAUCUUUUUAUAAUGAUAUGUGUAUUUGCUAUGUGCACUUUGACUUUGCUUGGAGCUCAUCAACUUGUAGAAAAAAUAUAGGUUACAUUAUCUUUUAUAUAAGAGCAACUGAACAGCCUUUUGUGGGACAGUAAAUCAGCCGAGACUUGAGCUUCAAAUUUUGCCUCUGAAAUCUGUGGUACUUUCCAGAAAGAUUAGCAAUGGUCUAGUUUUGAAUGGAGAAGGAUUCAUUGACUCCCCAGUUAUGCCUGAAGAGAUAAGAGAAGCUUAUGCUUUCAAGUAAGUACUUGUGCAGAGCUGGAGUACGAUGCUUGUAUGAAAUUUGUGCUUGUUUUCACAAUGAGUAUUUGCAUAGGAACUGUAUAAAGCCCCUUUCUAUUUCAGAUGUCACCCCUCAGGAAGGUCAGGCUUUUAAAUAUUAUAGCACAAGCUUAUUGGGUCCAAUUGUAAUGACAGGUGUAUUGUUUUGAAUACAUUUUUAUCUUUGAUAAUUCAGCAAAAAAAUCUGGAUUAAUAUAUGGGACCAAUUGAGGGUCUGUACUCAAGGGUUUGUGCAUUGUGGCACAAGGUGAUACUGAAAUCAGAGUAAGGAUAUUUAAAUGUCCUUUUGGUGCUCUUAUUUAUUUGCUAAGGUUAAAUACCCUAACUUCUGCUUUGACAGAUCCACAAAAUAAAGGCUACUGAAAUUUCAGUAAAAUUCAAUUAGAAAAUAAUUAUAGGGAAACAUCUAUAGAUUUUUGUUGUUUGUGUAACUUUUUGCAAAUGACACAAAACUUUAUGGUAGAACUCUUGCCAAAAAAAAAAAAAUUGCUGCAUGCAAUAGAAUUAAAGAUACUUGUGGGUUCAAUUUUGAAUGUUUCACUUAGAUCAAAACAAAAAUUAAAACUGCAGCCAUAUGUAUUUUCACUUAAAGUAAAUAUUGUUGAGUUCUGUGAGAUUUGCUUAUAAGUAAACAUGUUUAGGGCCAGACUGUUGGUAUAUGUAUGUUUUCUACAGAUUAAAAACAAUACUUGUCAUUUCAUAUUUUUAGACAUGCAUUUAAUUAAGCACUUUCAUUUUCAUUUUAAUGUUUUUUUUUACAAUAGUAGAUUGAUUUUCCUUUUACAUAACCUCUAUUUUUAUGUACUAACAUAUGCAAUAAAUUGAUAACACCUACAAUUGC